ACGAUCCAAAAAUAGUUUGUUAAAAAUUAACCUUUUUUAAAGGUCUUAAAUAUUUUUACGAUGUCUCUAAUAACCCGAAACAUAUUCCGCACCUUGGUCCAGGGAUCGCAGCAUGUUAGCAAAGGUUUGCAUACGAGUGCGGUAAACGCUGACAAAAACCAAACGAGCAAGGAGGGUCGUGUCAAAUGUACUCUCAUCCCGGGCGAUGGCGUCGGUCCAGAACUCGUUUACUCCGUUCAAGAAGUGUUCCAGGCCGCAAGUAUCCCAGUGGAUUUUGAACCAUUUUUCUUCUCUGAGGUUAACCCAACAUUGAGCGCGCCACUAGAAGAUGUCGUCGGUUCGAUUGCAAGAAAUAAAAUUUGUAUAAAGGGUAUCCUAGCGACGCCAGAUUUUUCUCACACCGGCGAGCUUCAAACCCUGAACAUGAAACUCCGUAACGCUUUAGACUUGUACGCAAAUGUGGUGCAUGUGAAAUCUCUACCGAAUGUUAAGAGUCGUCACCGUGAUGUGGACUGCAUUAUCAUCAGAGAGCAGACAGAAGGCGAAUACUCUGCGCUCGAGCAUGAGUCUGUGCCCGGAGUGGUGGAAUGCCUGAAAAUCAUCACAGCCGCUAAGUCGGAACGUAUUGCUAAAUUCGCGUUCGACUAUGCUGUGAAGCUCCGCCGACGCAAAGUCACGGCUGUACACAAGGCCAACAUCAUGAAACUUGGAGACGGGCUGUUCUUGAGGAGCUGUGAGGAGAUGGCGAAGCUGUACCCCCGCAUCCAGUUUGAGAAGAUGAUUGUGGACAAUUGUACCAUGCAGAUGGUCUCUAACCCCAACCAGUUCGAUGUGAUGGUGACACCCAACCUGUAUGGCAACAUUGUUGACAAUCUCGCUAGUGGGCUAGUGGGCGGUGCUGGUGUGGUAGCCGGUGCCUCUUACAGUGCUGACUGUGCUGUCUUCGAGCAGGGCGCGCGGCACGUGUUCUCGGGCGCCGUGGGCAAGAACAUCGCCAACCCCACGGCCAUGCUGCUGUGCUCCGCCAACCUGCUGGCGCACGUCAACCUGCACUCCUACUCCGACAUGAUCAAGAACGCCAUCGACAAAGUUCUGGUUGAUGGUAAAGUCAGAACAAAGGACCUCGGCGGUCAGUCCACCACUAAAGACUUCACAAACGCCGUUAUUCACUGCCUGGCUUAAACCAACCCCCUCAACAAUGUAGCGAAUUCACUCCCUAGAGUAAUAAGCGUAAUUUAUUUAUAUAUCUUUUGUUAAAUGUGAUCUACAAUAAUCAAAGAUUGUGUCAAUAUUGUUUAAGUAUUUAUUGUUACCAGAAAUAAAUCCCAAAAUAUUU